GCAGAGGCGGCGCGGCCAAGCAGGAGCGGUGCCGGCAGGAGGGCUGGCCUGUCCCCCAGCCCGCUGCAUGGCGCAGGAGGCGGCCCCCGUCCUGCUGGUGUUCCUCACCAGGCUGGUGUCAUCCACGUGGCACGAAGGGUCCGGCUACUACACCGCUGAGAGCCACACCAAUGAAGUGUACGUGGAAGAAGCCCCCCCUGAGCCUGCCCUGGACUACCGCCGAGUGCCCCAGUGGUGCGCCACGCUGAACAUCCACCGCGGAGAGGCGACCUGCUACUCGCCCCAGGGGGGCUCCUACCGCAGCAGCCUGGGGACGCGCUGCGAGCUGAGCUGCGCCCGCGGCUACCGGCUGGUGGGGCGCAGCGCCGUGCAGUGCCUGCCCAGCCGCCGCUGGUCCGGGAUGGCGUACUGCCGACGUGAGUAUGCCCCGCUGAUCCGGCUCGCCGGCCUCCCCAUGGGCAUCGCCAGCCCUGGGGCAGCCAGCCCCGGGCGCUCUGCCCGCUG